UUCAAAAAUUCUCCGAAUCAGAUAUGCAAUUAAAUUCCGUAUCCAAAUCCUUAUUCCAGCUAAUUUGUUCAUUGAACCUACCCCCAUCAAAUCCAAAAUAAAUCCCUACCUAUCCAAACAUUAAAUUUGUUGGAUAAAGUUGCAAAAAAAAAAAAAAAUUAAAUAAAAGCCACCCCUAAAAUUACCACAUACACCUCUCCUUCCUCCUCCUUCCCCUCCAAACGUCUGUAAAAACCCUCCCCUUACCGCUCAAGAUUUACAGUUUCACAGCAAACAAAAGAAUUUGAAAAAUCAUAACGGUCUGAAGGGCUCCGACAAAACAAAAAUCCUUAAAAAAUCGAAAAAAAUAACGUUGUUUUGGUGGAGUUAUGUCGGACACGUUUUGCCGCGACUGUAAUAGUCUGACGGAGGUUGUCUUCGACCACAGAGCGGGCGACGCGAUAUGCUCCGAGUGCGGCCUCGUACUGGAGGCGCAUACCGUCGACGAGACCGCUGAGUGGCGCUCCUUCGCAGACGAUUCCAACGACAACGACCCGAACCGUGUCGGGGGACCUGUUAACCCGCUUUUGUCAGAAGCUGGGCUUUCCACCGUCAUCGCCAGGCCCAGAAAUGGCGGCUCCUCCUCCGAAGCCUUGCCCCCCUCUGUCGGGAAGUGGCAAGGCCGCGCCUCUAAGCCCGACCGUCAUCUUCUCGACGUCUUCGGUGCAAUUGCCGUGAUGGCCGACAGGUUGGGACUUGUUACAACCAUAAAGGAUCGAGCCAAUGAAAUAUACAAGAAGGUAGAAGAUCAAAAACCUCUCCGAGGGAGAAAUCAAGAUGCAGUUGUGGCUGCUUGCCUUUACAUUGCCUGUAGACAAGAAAAUAAGGCUCGUACUAUGAAAGAAAUAUGCACUGCAGUCAGUGGAGCUACCAAGAAGGAAAUUGGACGGGCAAAAGAGUUCGUUUUGAAACACCUGGAAGCCGAGCUUGGUCAGGAAAUGGGAACUAUCCAUGCUGGAGAUUAUUUGAGACGCUUUUGUUCCAAUCUUGGAAUGCAGAAUCGGGAUGUCAAGGCUGCACAAGAAAUGGUGCAGAACAUUGAAGAGCUUGUUAUAAGGAGGAGCCCCAUAUCGGUGGCAGCUGCCGUUAUUUAUACCAUUAAUCAACUAUCAGAUGAGAAAAUGUCUCUUAAAGAGAUCUCGGUUGCUACUCAAGUUGCUGAAGGGACGAUCAAGAACUCCUACAAAGACCUGCAUCCUCAUCUAGCAAGGAUAAUACCGAACUGGUUCGCCAACGAGGAAUGUGUCAAGAAUCUGCAGCCCUAGAACUUGAAGGUGGUGAUCAUAGACUCAUACUUAAAUUAAGUAGGAACAAUUUGAAAUCAAUAAUAUAUGCAGGAAGCAUCAGAAAGUGUAGUAUUUUUAAUAUUUCGUUGUAUGAAGCGGUUAGGAAUUCGUUCUUUCUGCCUUUUCCUUGUACUGUUUUUUCAUUUCUUUGUGAGUAGAAUGAAGUAGGGUUUUCCUUGA